CUUCUCCUUCCUGCCUUCUUUCUCAUCAUCCCUAUCUACCACCCUUCUCCUUCCGGCUUUCUUUCUCCUCAAACCACAUCUACCACCACCAUCUUCUCGAACACCAUCAACAUGCGCUUCCGCCUCAGCAUCCUCGCAGUCCUCUCGAUCGUCGCUGUCUCCACCCUGGUUGCAGCGUCCGGCUCCGGCGGCUUCACCAAGGAGGCUUCCGAACCAUCCUCUGUCAAGAUCUUCGAGUUGCCCGACUUCUCCACCCCGGGCACCGACAAGAACGAAGCUCACUCUCCCACGCCGACUGUUCGUCUCUCCCCCGGCUCUAACGCUACCUACAUCUACACGUUGCCGACCUCCUCGGAAGCAUGGGCCACGCUCCGCUGCGAGACGGCGUGGGCCUCCCCAACGUUCUCGGAGAUCGACGAGCUGCUCAAGCUCGCCGCGAUACCGGCCAAGGGCUGGACCAAGUGCCGGCACUUCCAGGACAAUGGUGUUGGCUCCUACUGCAAAAAGGUGGCGCACUACAAGGGCGACCAGAUCAGCUUGUGUGGCGAGUUCCAGCACGGUCUCGCUUGCGAAGGCGUGGUCUAUGCUGCUAAGCAGGUGAGGGAUAAGUGUGGACAGCAGGAAAAGAGUCGCGCUGGUGGUUACUUUCGCUCCAACAAGGCGAAGCUGAGGGUCGCGGUUCAUUAG